UAGACGCUAAGGGUUCAAGUUAUUGGUCUCGAUCUGCCUCGAGCAAAACAGUUUUGGUAUUCCCCCCUCCAAACAAGCAAAUCGCCAAUCUCUCCCAAAGAAGCAUUGACUUUGGUCUCUUUGCUAUACGCUCACGUUCUACAUUCUUCUCUGCGCGCAUCAUACACAAUGACCGUUACUAAGGUCUUCUCCCUCGAGGGCAAGGGCCUCAAGCUUGACACUGCCGCCGAUAUUGAGCCCCACAUUGUUCCUCUCCGCGACAAUGACAGUGUCGAGGAAGUCCGCUUUGGCGGCAACACGUUUGGAACGGAGGCAAGCAAAGCGCUAGCUGAGGUUCUCGCAACGAAAAAGUCUCUUCAGAUUGCAAACUUUGCUGAUAUCUUCACCUCCCGGUUGCUCUCUGAGAUUCCUCCAGCGCUCGACGCUCUCCUACAAACGCUUCUUGCGCUUCCUCGCCUCCAUACCGUCGACCUCUCUGACAAUGCCUUUGGACUCAAUACUCAAGCGCCUCUUGUCGCUUUCCUUUCCGCACAUGUUCCCUUGCGGCAUCUGAUUCUCAACAACAAUGGUCUUGGCCCUCACGCUGGUGUCCUCGUCGCCGACGCUCUGACCGAACUCUCGAAGAAGAAGGAGGCCGCUCGGAAGGAGGGCAAGGAAGUUGCCGAGCUUGAGACUGUCAUCUGCGGGCGUAACCGUCUCGAGAACGGCUCGAUGAGCGCAUGGGCCCAGGCUUACUCUGCUCACCGCGGCAUAAAGCUUGUGAAGAUGGUCCAGAACGGUAUCCGACAAGAGGGUAUUUCGCACCUGCUGCGCGAAGGUCUCCGCCACGCUGCCGGCCUGCGCGUGCUUGAUCUCCAGGACAACACGUUCACUAUCAUGGGUGCCAAGGCGCUGGCCGAGGUUGUUGGCGGCUGGACCGCUCUGGAGGAGCUGGGUGUUGGCGACUCGCUUCUCGGUGCCCGGGGCGGUGUGGUGCUCGCUGAGGCUCUGGCAAAGGGAACCAACGACAAGCUCGAGACUCUGCGCCUGCAGUACAACGAGAUUGACAUCAAGGGUGUGACUGCAUUCAAAGACGCCGCGAAGGCUGCUCUGCCUGCCUUGAGACGUAUCGAGCUUAACGGCAACAAGUUCAGCGAGGAGGAUCAGACUGUCGACCAGCUCCGCGACUUACUCAUGGAGCGUCGCGAAGAGGCUGGUGUUGAGGAGGACGACGAAGACAAGUGGGGUAUUGACGAACUGAGCGAUCUGGAAGAGGAAAGCGAAGAAGAAGAGGAAGAAGAGUCUGAGGAGGAAGAGGAGGAAGAGGAAGAGGAAGAAGAAACCGACGCCAAGGCGGAGAAGACGCUCAAGGAAGCCGACGAGGCAGAAGCCGAAAACGUUGCAGAGCAAAAAGACAAGAAGGUUGAUGAUCUCGCCGACUUGCUCAACAAGGCCGAGUUGAAAUAGAGCUUCUAAUUCUCACUAUCGGUAUGAUACAGUGAUAAGUGGGCGCUGCCGAGUAGACGCUAUACACGCGCCUCUCUCCCUCUCAGCACUCUGGAUGAAGCAUUAUGGCCGUUCCUCCUAAUAGAGUCCGUCGACGGUGACU